AGCCGGCGACUCCCUCCCUCCCUCUCUGAUUCAUCGCAGGAAUAUUUGUAAGUUCACUCUUUCGCCUCAGGUCGUUGAAGGCAGGAAGGCGAUGGGAGGAAAAGGACAGAGACGAAGAGCGAAGAAUUUCCUUGCUGCUCAUGGAGGCUACACUCGUUUGCCGCCUCCCCCGAAACCCGAGGAGAUCGACGCCUUACCCUCCAAGCUCCGCAAACUCAUGGAGUUCACCUCCUCCACCACCACGAAACCUUUGGCAACAAAAGGAUCUUUGAAGUCUUCAGAGAGUGCUGACCGCAAGAAAAAGCAAAAAGAAAAACCAAGCUUGGAGGAUGCUUUAAGCAUUAAUACCUUAGAGUUCCAAGAAGGAGGUCAAGAUGAAAAUGUUACAGCACCUAAACAUAAAGAUAAUAGGGAGGAAGUUGUGCAUACGGAGAUACAGGACAAGAAGAAAGCAAAGCGAAAGAGAAAACAAGUUCAUGACCUUCGGUUUGAGAAAACAAUUCAGGAUCUGGGUCUUGUUGGCUCAAAGAGACGGGAUCGCAAGAAAAAGUACUUGGAAGAAAGAAAGAAGAAACACAAGAAAGCCAAGACAGAGAAGAAUCUAGACUUCCCUGGGCGUGAGGAAAUAAAGUUUGGAGAAAUAGUUAAAGCUCCUCCAAAGCUUGUAGCAUUUCCUAAGGCAUUGAAGACCACCCAAAGUGCUUCGCAUGAGAGACUUCGCUUGCAGGCUGUUGAGGCUUACAGGGACCGCAAAGGAUGGGAAUCAAGGCCUGGGAUUCAUAUUCCUUCACGAGCAGCUGUUACCCCAUCUUCUUAAAUGGUCCAAGUCAUUGCUCAAGUAUAAUGGACCCCCUAGUUGCUAUAUUUUUUCUUGAGGUGCUGUCCGGAUGUAGUUUUAAGGUUUUGCUAACAUCGGUCAAGUGUGAUUCCUCUCCCAGUCAAUGGAUGUUCUGUGGGAAGAAGUCAUCUGUUCCAUUUUGCAGAGCAUGGUAUCUCUCUUGGUGCACUCAUCACUUUUGUAAUUGUAGGUGUUUUUUUAUUAAUCAACGUUAUCUCGAAUGUACUUUUGAGACUGGAAGAAAGAAAAUGGUAAAAGCUAAUUAUGAAAAUUUUGAUACUCUAAAUAAAAUACCUAUGAAUAUUUUAGAACUUUGUACUUGUGACGUAGUA